AAUAAUUUCAGUCACCUCAAUGACCGAUAAGAUCGUAGUUGAAUUUUCAGUUUAUUAAGUUACUUUUAUAAUCAAGUACAAUUCUUUCGACGACUAUUUGACUAAACACUCUCCAGGGAUCUGGAAGGGAAUCAAAUCACCAUGUUGGAAGGUGAUGUCUUCGACAAUUUGUUAAAUUUACAGACACUGCGGUUAAAUGGCAACAAUAUAAACACAAUUCGGAGCAAUGCCUUUAAUGGUUUGCCAAAUUUACAGAAACUAUACCUUCAAGGGAAUCAGAUCACCAAUCUGGAAGAUAAUGCCUUCGACGGUUUGUCAAAUUUAAAGACACUGAAUCUGGUGGAUAAUCAAAUCACCAUGUUGGAAGAUAAUGCCUUUGACGGUUUGUUAAGUUUACAGACACUAUGGCUAUCCUACAACAAGAUAAGCAUAAUUCAAAACAAUGUCUUUAAUGGUUUGCCAAAUUUACUUGAACUAUGGCUGUAUUCCAACAAAAUAACUACGAUUCAAAACAACACCUUUAACGGUUUGCAAAAUUUACAAGAACUGUAA